AUGGCGGAAGUCAAACGAAUGCGGACCAAGCAAAUGGGUGGAGCUGCCAUAGAAAGUAUACUCAAUCCAUCAAAGGGUCUAAGGGACGAGAUUACGAGACGGGGCGGCGUACCCAAAGAUCAUAAACGAGAGAAUUAUAUGAGAUUGAAGCAAGUACAGGCACAGAACAAGAUCAAACAAGAAGCUGCCGCAAGACCACAACCAGCACCAUUCAAGCUAAAACAGUUUACGGAUGUGCCAUCUAAACUGGCUACUCAGAGAUGCAAUUCACUCGAAUCUAUGGGGGUGCUUUCUUCAGCACUGGAAUAUCUAGUAGAUGGAGAUGGGAGCAGGCCUACAACAAGACCUUCAACAGGUUCAUCAAGGCAUUCUGGAACUAGCUCUGGAGGACGUAGUUUCAUUGCAGUCAACGUCGCAGCAGCAUCACACGCAUCCACAAGGACGCAUCCAACACCUCCCUCUCGUGACUUGAAACGAUCAACACCAGCUGGUCAAGUACCUAAAUACCUACUGGAUCGCAAAAUGGCCUGGGCGAAGAGGGAAGAACAGCGAUUGGCUGCAUUGGAAGCUGACAAGAUACCGCAGGGAAUGAUGUUAAUAUCAGAAACUGAACGUCUUGAUACACUCAGGUUCCUCCAAGAAGUUCGGGAUGGUCUGAUAUCAGAUCUAUCGAGAUUCCCAGUCAUUGUCGAAACGCCAUCCAUGAAGCGCAAACGUGCCGCUAUAGAGACAAAGCUGAAUGAGGUGGAUACAGCGCUGGAUCAUUUUGGGAAGAAGGUUGUUUAUGUGGAGAAGGAGUGGACGGGGAUUGAGUCGUUUGGAGGUGUCGGUGGUGUCGCCAGAGCUGCUGGCUAA